UUCAUUCUUUGAGAUUUGCAUAUUUUAAUUAGGUAAUUAUUUUUUAGUUUGAAUGGGUGAAAAACCUUGAAUUGGUUGUUCAUUAGAAUUUAUAAUUGUUCAUUAUCUAUUCACAUUUGUUGAAAUUGGUCAAAUGGGGGUUUAGUACCCAAGAAAUGUCAAUUUAUAAAUUGUUAUGCUGCCGAAUUUUUUUUUUAAAUUUCAAAAAAUAAAAUAGUUGUUUAUAUUUUAAUUAGGUAAUUAUGAAUCGUAGUUGGAUAGAUUCUUUACGGACUAGUGAUGAAUAUGAGAGGGGGUAGACCAAUUUUUAGAGUUUGCAAAGAAUGAUAUUCCUAAUAAUAAAGGAUUAUUCUAUUAUCCAUGUGUUAAGUACUUGAAUGGGUUGUGAUGAAGUCUUGUAGAGAUAAAGGAUCACCUAAUUUGUUUUGGUUUGUACAAAGCGUAUACAUAAUGGGUAUUGCAUAGAGAAUCUAGAAAACGUAGUGUAGUGCCACAGGAUGAGAAUCAUGAUGAUAUGGAUUUGUUUGAUCGAAUAGAGGAUAUGCUAAGUGAUAUUGGUGUUGAAAGUGUUGAGAAAGUACACAAAUAUGAUAGCUUGUGCAAUGAUUCGAAAAAGCCUUUGUAUCCAGGGUGCAUAAAAUAUACACAAUUAACAGUUGUGUUGAAAUUGUUCAACCUAAAGCAAAAUAUGGGUGGAGCAACAAGAGUUUCACAAAGUUGCUUAAACUAUUAAAAGAGAUGCUUCUAGAGGAUAAUGAACUUCCAAGUAGUUACUAUGAGGCAAAAAAAAUAUUGUGUCCAAUGAAUUUGGGGUAUCAAAAGAUAUAUGCUUGCCCCAAUGCCUGUAUAUUAUACAAAAAUGAUUUUGAAGGGUUGGAUGUGUGUCAAGUUUGUGGGGCAUCACGCUACGAAGUAAAAGAAAUGAAUGGUGGUGAUGAUUUGAUUACUAAAAGGCCUCCAGCAAAGGUGUUGUGGUAUCUUCCAAUAAUACCAAGAUUUAAACAGUUAUUUUCUAAUGAAUUCAAAACCAAGAACUUGAGAUGGCAUGCUGAUGAGCGGAAAGUUAAUGGCAUGCUUCGGCAUCCAGCAGAUUCUCCACAAUGAAAAGAACUUGAUCGAUUAUUUCCUGAAUUUGGUAAUGAGCCUAGAAAUCUUAGGCUUAUACUUUAUAUAGACGGGAUGAAUUCUUAUAGAAAUCUUAGUAGUCAAUAUAGCUCAUGGCCUGUUCUACUAGUGAUUUAUAAUCUCCCUCCUUGGUCAUGCAUGAAAUGCAAAUAUAUCAUGCUGUCUUUGAUGAUUUCUGGCUCAAAACAACUAGGAAAUAACAUAGAUGUUUACUUAGCUCCAUUGAUUGAAGAGUUAAAGAUGAUGUGGGAGGUAGGUGUAGAUGUCUUAGAUUCAUACAAGAAUGAGUCCUUCAAAUUACGAGCUAUAAUUUUUUGCACGAUAAAUGAUUUCCCUGCAUAUGACAAUUUGUCUAGAUAUAGUGUUAAGGGGCAUAACACAUGCCCUAUUUGUGAAGAGAACACAUCCUAUCAAUAACUAAAACAUGGGAAGAACAGAGUCUAUCUUGGUCACCGAAGAUUCUUAAGACGAGACUACCCUUAUCAUAGAUAUAUAUAGACGAAGAAAUUCAAUGGCUCUCAAGAGUAUAAUGAACCUCCAGUGCCAUUAACUACAAGCUUGGUGUAUCAACGAGUGAAAGAUAUCAAUAUGGUAUUUGGUAAGAGACAGAAGAAAAAAAACUCAAAAUAAUUUAUGGAAGAAGAGGUCUAUCUUCUUUGAUCUCCCCUAUUGGAGUAGCCUUGAGGUGAGGCACAAUCUUAAUGUAAUGCAUGUGGAAAAAAGUGUUUGUGAUAGUCUAAUUGGAACAUUGUUAGACAUAAAGGGAAAGACUAAGGAUGGAGUCAAAGCAAGAAGGGACUUGCUUGACCUGGGAAUACAAAUAAACUUGGGUCCAAGAGUAGAAGGAAAGAGAACUUGCAUGAGUCCAGCUCCACACACUUUGUCAAGAAAAGAGAAAAAAAGUUUUUGUGUGUGUCUGUGGUAUUAAGGUGCCAUAAGGAUAUUUUUCGAAUGUCAAGAAUAUUGUCUCCAUGAAAGAUUUGAAAUUAGUUGGUUUGAAGUCUCACGAUUGCCAUGUAUUAAUGUAACAAUUAUUACUAGUAGCAAUUCGAGAUAUAUUGGAGGAAAAGGUGAGUAAGGCAAUUAUCAGAUUAUCUAUCUUCUUCAAUGCAAUUUGUGGCAAAGUCAUUGAUCUUGAGAAAUUAAAUGACUUGCAAAAUGAUGUUGUUAUUACCUUAUGUCAACUUGAGAAGGCUUGUUCAACAAGUUACUAAAGAGUGUGCUCGACAACUAAGAAGUGUAGAGUGUGGUUAUUAUAUGAUGAUUUUUAUGUAUAAAAUCAUCACUCAAGGCAUUACCCACUCAUUUGAGAAGAUUACUCAAACCACCAAAGAUACAGUAGAACAAUGUCGUGAAGAGAAUUAUGUUGAAGCUGAUGCCACGUUAGCAGUUCAAUCAACUAAGUCAGAUUCAAGGAAGCAAUCUACAGAACCAAUUUGUAACCUCUUUAGAAAAUAUUUUGCACACAGUGCUAAAGAAACAGCAGCAGGAACUGAUACAACAAUUGCUGCUACGGAGACAUCACCAACGGCAACUCCAAUUGAGUCAGAAUUCAUCAAAACACAUCAGACUAUUAAAGAAGUGAGAGGUUCAAUUGUUCAAGUGGAAUCUGAAUCAGAGAAGCUUGAAAAGACAAACCCUCCUGAAGUUAUUCCUUCUGUCGAUCAACAAUCACAAGUUGCUAAUGCUGGCACUUCUCCUAAAUUGGGGGUUUGUGAGAUUUUCCAACUUGUGGAGCUGAAACAUAGUGAAACAGCUUUACUUGCACAAGCACUUGAACAAUACCCUCAACUAUUGUUACCUCAUGAACAUCGCUCACAUCGUAUGAUAGCUUGGUCCUACCGAGUUUUGGUUGAUAUUUUGGUUGUGCUAAAUACCAAGACUCCUUGUACCAUCACAAUUUCAGAAAAGUCAACCUUCGAGGCUAACUUAUGUGAUGCAACCUUGCUUGGGUUUGACAACGACUGGGUUGAUUCAGUGCGGGCUAGAGUUCUUAAUGUUGACUUGUCUGAUGUCUUGGCGGCUGAAGAGGAGAUUCAAGUCAUGGAGGCCGAGCUUGAGACAUGUGACAUUGCCUUAGAGCAAGUUCGAAAGCAAAGAAUAGAAGCCAAACAGAGGCUUGCAGUGGUAAGAAGACAGUUGGAGAUUGCACAAACUGAGAUUGAAGCCAUUGAUUCUCAAUUGUCAAGUCUCCUCGAAAAUCACAAGAAAUUGCUGACGAGGAUAGCUGAGUUUAGAGAAAUAAUAAGUGCCAAGGAUACACCCUUUGGCAUUUAAGUGUGGGUUUGGUUAAGUUCUUUUGUUAUUUCAUUUACGUUUUUAAAAAGACUAAAAAACAGUGAACCAUAAUGCAUAUGAUAUGGACCAACAUUUCUCUAUGUUCAAUAAAAUAAGAGGACCGAGCUUGAACUCUGA